GUUUACACUCUGCACCCACACCCACCACGACUCUACGAGCGUUUAAAACCCCAGUUCCCGCUUUAACUCAGUGAAACACUCAUCGUCUUCGCGGGAGCUUGAGAGAGAGAGAGAGAGAGAGAGAGAGAGAGAGAGAGAGAGAGAGGAGCUCCUAAAAGCUCGUGGUGGCAUUUCAUGGAAUGGAUGGCGUGAAGAUCGUAACGAUAGCGGAGCUUCUAAAACGCUCUCGCCCCCUCACAGGGGCUUCUUCGAUCCACCUCUCUUCUUCCUCCACCAUAUUUACGAACGGUACACCGACUUCUCGUAUUCCAUCCGAAAGAAGCCGUGAAUUCCAACUUCUCGUCGAAGCCCCAACGACGUCUUUUCCAUGUCAAAAACCCAACCCUAACGUACUUAGCUCUCUCAACCAUCCCACACUUAUCAUUGGAAAUCUAAAUCUUCCCUCCAGUGAUGGUGGUUCCACUUCGAUUCCGCUCUCUUGCAGCUCUAGAUACAGUUGCUUUAUAUUCUCUGAUGGCUCAUCUACUGUUUGUUGUGAUGUUCUGGACAUAGAUUUUAAUAUUGUCGGAAAGCAAAUCCAUGUUCUCGCUUGGAAUUUUGUUCCUUUCAAGUAUGGUGACUGUGGAUUUUUGGAGAUAGUUAGGUGGAGUCUUCCAGACACCACCGUAUCAAACCUGGAUGCAUUUCCCUUGGGUUCAACUUCUUCUGUUUGCAAAGAGCACUUCAAGGCUGGUUCUCGUAUUUUUGGCAGAUUAGAAUCAGUCAGUCCUGUUUCUGUCGUUCCCUGUACUGUCCAGAAUCGUACUUCUGAUUCUGAAAGCAAUUGUGGCCAAAACUCCAGCAGUCGAAGAAACAUGAGUGGAUUCCUUGUGGAAAUGAUGCUCUGUGAGUGUCCCUUGUGUGGUUCCAAAGCUUUGGAAAAUGCUCUUCAUGACUCAGUUCAAGGAAAGAGUUGUCAUGCUUUCCUUCGACCCGUGUUUGUGUACCUAUUUGGCUCUGCUUCUUCUUGGCAUCCUGCACUAUAUAAGUUGAUUGGGAAUGUAGUUUUAUUUACAGGCCUGAAGAAGAAGUUGAUUUUUACAGGGAAAGAGUCUUAUGCGAUGUUCACAACUACUGACAAAGCUUUAUUGCAUCUACCAAGGUUACCCGCACUACGGUUGCCAUUUCGAAGUACCUUAAUGAGGGGGAAGGGUGAGUUGGAUUUGUAUACUGGCAUUAUCACAGGGGUUUACAUGCAAGGCAUGGUUGUUGAAUUGGACGGGAAAGUGUGGCUUUUGCUAACAGACCUUCUACUCGUCCCACCACAUUCUCUAAGGGUGGGUUCUCUGAUCUCUCUGAAAAAUGUUCAUUUUGUACAACCAAAAUUUUCUUGGACAAAAGUUCUUUUGCUUGGGGCCUGCUAUAAGACUUGCAUUAAUGUGAAGUCUUUUUCGCCAUUGGAACCUCUGUGCCAUAUCCAGGCUCAGAAACAGAGCUUGUUGCGGAAAUUUAUAGAUUCCUUGGUAUUUUCUGCUAGAUUAUGGUUAUUACUUAUGGUCUCAAGUUUCAGGAAAAAAUUUUCAGGGAUCUUAUCUGAGAAGGAUAUUUUGGGAUCUAAACAUAAAGUGGGACUGGUUCAGAUGUAUGCUACCUCAUACUUACCUCCAUGUGUAUUUCAACCUCGGCAUGGGGUAUUCAUGGAAUUCUGCAAGCAUGAUGAGUGUGGCUGUGGCAGUGAAUCAAAUUAUGCUGACUUGAAAUUGGUUGUACCCAUAUCCAAUCUUGUUGGCUAUUGUGAGGCCAUGUGGGUAAAAUUGCUCGCGCAAAUGGAUUCUGAUUCUGACAUCAUGGGGAAUAGCAGAAACGUUAGUUUAUCAUGUGAAGAGAAAUCUUAUGGCAGGUUGAUCAGAAGGAUUUUUUCAAGUAAAGAUAUUGGUGUUGUUUUGAUGGGCAAUCUACAGAUUUCUCCAUCUUCUGGGAGGUUGCAACUGAGCGAUGUGACUGGUAGCAUUGAUGUUGUAAUACCAGAUUUUCCAUCAAAUUGGGAUGUCAGCAGCAUAUAUGAGGUUCAAGACUAUAGUCUUGUCUUUGAAGGUUUACCCACACAAACUGAUUCUUUGGGCUUGCUUAAGGGUGAUCCGUUUUCGUGCAACAAUAUAUUUCACCAUGUUCCAUUUACCAGAAAAAUAGAUAGAUUGGCAAUUUAUGCCCACUUUUAUCUGAAAGAUGCAAAUCGUGUGAAUGUUCCCUUACACACUCCAUCAAUGGGUUGGAGUGGUAAUCUCAAAGGACUUGAAAGUGGAAUGUUCCACUUGCUUUUUAUAACACACAAGUUUCCUGCAAUGCAACAUUUGCAAGGUGAUCCAAUUACUUCAAAUAUGCCAAGCUUGUUUGUUGAGGCCAUGAUGUUGCCUUGGGAUUUGUUUCUCCCUUUGGAAAAUGGAGGUACCCAUCCAUCCAAUGCACCCAUGGCCAAGCUAAAGGAAGACAUGAAAUAUAAUGUCACAGAAAAUCUCCCAGAAAAUUUAUGUAAUAAGAGACUUAAAAUUGCUCCUGCAUCAAGUAGGCCUUUAACUUCAGUCUCAUUAUGUGACCUGGGAAAAUCCAGCGAGGAAUCAUACAAUUGCCUGGGUGACUGUUUUAGUCCCUACUGGAAAUUUAGCACCAACCAGAAAGCUGGUAGCUCAAAUCAUCUUCUUGAAAUGCCAUGUUUUGUCACUGCUAGGGCUUUCGACCAUCAGAAUACACUUAGGUCAGGAAUCUUGUACCGCAAAAAACCCUAUUCGAAGGAUUGUAUAGGAGCCAAUCCAAGUUUUCAAAAGGUUUUGCUGGAGUUUAAGUUUGAAGGCUUUUUCAAUUAUCAGUACUUAAGAAUUGGUCAAUAUUAUAUCUUGAAGCAGUGUAUGGAAGAGCUACCAUGUAAUUCAGAGAACCAUGGAAAUCUCAACAAUGGUCAAGCUCUUAUAACUUCUACAUCACCUCUGUGGAGCCUUUCAUUUUUUCUCCAUGGGACUUUGUCUUGUGAGCCACCAUAUGGGCACCCACCAGAUGUUUACUCUAGCAGUAAUACUGUGAUUCUCUCUGAUGGUUCAAGUAAAUUGUUAUUCCAGGAAUUUCCAGGUCAAAGUCCUGAAACCUGUUCAGAUGUCAAUCUUUAUCUCUCUUCUGAUGCAAUGAACCUCUUGAAGGUAGAUAUUGAAACAUUGGAGAAGCAAUCUGGUAUGACCUUUGUGGCACCAGUAGAGGCUAUUAAUUUCUCUGUCUGCAUUGGGAUCAAGAUGACUGUACCUGGAUCUGCUAUUCCAGAUUGCAGACUGCCCGAGGGAAAUUUAAUAUCACUGCAUGGACACAUAGUGGAUGUUCAUAAUUUUGACUGUAAUUCUGUUCAAAAUUGUUUACGUUAUGAAGCCAUUGGUGAUAUUCAUCAUUUGAAGUUCUUUCAGGGAUUGCCAAGCAACGUUUGUAUUCAUCUUUCCAAUGACUGUAACAUUGUGAGGAUUCAUGGUAACCUAUGCAAACUUGUCUUUCCUAUUGGAAUGGGGCCAGGAGCAAGUGCAACUUUUCACCGUCUUCUUGUAUUGGGGCAGUAUGAACUGAUGUUGACACCAGUGUCAUUCAUUGUAAUUAACUCUGUAAAGGAAGUCAAUCACCUUAGUGAUACAUGUUCUCAUCAACACCCUAGUUCAGAUGAUUCAUAUGAUUCUUUACUGGAAACAACCCCAUGUGGCUUAAUAUAUGAACUUCAGUGCUUGGAGAGUAAGACAAUGCGGUUCAAUUGCAGGGUUUUGGCAAUUAAUGUCCUUGUCCUGGAAAAAUCCGAAGGAAAGUUUGAGAAAUUACCAUUAAGGAAGCAGUCCAAGACACUUCUUGUCCGUAUUCCACUUGCUGGUUUUGUUUUGGGAAUGAUAUGAGAAGCAAUGCUGUGGAUGAAUGUGCUUUCCUCUGAUAGCUGAAACCCAAGGUGCCUUCAUUGGGGGAAGAUUGGGACUGCAAAGUUGGAAAACUCUCUUCCAAAUAUCUGGGUAUGCCGUUGGGUGAAAACUGCAAGUCCAACUUUAUUUGGGAUCCCAUCAUAGAGAAAAUGGACAGAAAAUUGGCUUCAUGGAAAACCAAAUAUUUGUCCAAAGGGGGCAAAGUAACUCUAAUCAGAAGUGUGUUGUCAUCCCUUACUGUUUUUUACUUGUCUCUAUUCCUGAUUCCGGCCAGGUGGGCAGCUGUGUUAGAAAAGAAGAUAAGGGACUUUCUCUGGAGGGGUUGGAAGGAGUCAAAAUGCCACCUAGUCAACUGGGGAAGGAUCUGCAACUCCAAGAAAAAUGGGGGUCUAGGGAUCAGGCCAGUGAAAAAUAUCAGCACAACCAUGCAAGGAAAGUGGUUAUGGAGAUUCAAUGAGCAACCGAAUAGUCUGUGGAGAUCAAUUGUGGCCAAUACGGGUCAAGCAGAAGAGAGUGAGAUACUGAAGAAGCUAGAACAUCUUAUGGAUGCUCCCUAUGGAAGGCAAUUCAAAAAGUUCAAUAUCAGUUUUUGAAAGGAAUAAAAUAUGAAGUUGGGAAUGGCCUCAGGGUGCUAUUUUGGAAGGAUUUCUGGUAUGGGGGUGGCCCUUUAAUGACUCUGUUUCCUGAUCUAUUCAAGAUCUUGGUUAACAAGGAGGCAACUGUGGCUGAUUGCUUGGAUAGACAGAAUGGUCAGUGUAUCUGGAACCCCCAAUUCAGGAGAAUUUUAAAUGAUUGGGAGGUGGCUUCUUUGGUCAGGUUAUUUUAGUUAUUGGGUGAAGCAAAGAUAACAGGAGUAGGAGAGGACAAGAGAAAAUGGCUCUUCAAGAAAUCAGGCACCUUCUCUGUGAAAUCCUUCUCCCAUAGCUUGUCUAGGGAGGAGCCCUCUGCUUUCCCAAGUGACAAAAUAUGGAUUAGAUCUGUUCCUUCUAAGCUGGCUUUCUUUGUUUGGCCAGCAAUGCUGGAUAAGAUUUUAACAAAAGAUAAUUUAGUUAGAAGAGGUAUAGAGGUGGAGGACUUGGGCUGCAUCUUAUGUGAUGGAACUGUGGAAUCCUCUAGUCAUUUGCUGAUCCACUGUAACUUUCAUUGGAUUUGGAUGAUAGUGCUGAAUCUGUUUGGGGUUAAGAUGUGCUUCUCAGCUGAUGUGAAGGGAUUUAUAGCAGCUUGGGCACUUGGAGGUUUAUCCAGGGCUGGAAAGGUAGCAUGGAGUAUCCUUCCUGCAGCAGUUUUUUGGGCAGUAUGGUGUGAAAGAAAUAACAGGCUAUUUGAAGGGAAGAUAAAUUCCAAAAGAAGUUUUUAACAGAAUUAUGGGGAUGACACAUUCUUGGUUGGCAACUCAUCAGUUAUUCAAAAAUAGGCAUAUGCUUUCCUUUUUUGAUUCAGACUUCCUAUUUGUAAGGAAUCUAUAGUCUUUUUUUGGUCUUUUGGAGGGUUGGAAAUCUGUGGAUAACUGUUUCCUUGGUGUACAGCUUCUCACUGUACAGAGGCUUCUUUGUAUUUUGGCUUUUGAUAUUAAUGAAUUACUUUACCUUAAAGGACACUCAAAAAAGAAAAAAAAGAAGCAAUGAAGUUUUUAUAUCUUAAAGUCACGGUAUUAAGGCAAAAAGCAUGAGGUGUGUGUAUUAGCUGCAAAGUGAUAGUAGAUAGUGAGGCUGGGAAUAUCAUACCUCACAAGGCACAACAAAACAUAGCUUCAAAUCAAAUCAUAUUUAUUCCAUCUCUUAUGGUGAAGCCUUACAAUAAAAGUCCAGGGUAAGCCAAACCUAGGCUUUCCUUAACAAACUCAAAUAGUUGAUGGCCAAGAAUAAGAUUUCUUCAAACUAGAUUAUGUGACACCCAAGCAGUUUUCUGAUUCCACAUGAAUUCUUAAAAUCAAGUAAGAACCACUUCCUAACAUAAUCCAAGG